UUCGUCCCUUGAGGGUGUGUAUGAGUCUCUCUAAGCAACGACCUGCAAACGGGCAUCCGAGCCAGUCCGAGCUACAAAAAAAAAAAAAAACAGGAACCACAUUAAUUUCGAGUGUCUUUGCAAUGUUCCCGACGAUAUUUCUACAUCCUCUGCUUUGAUCCCGUCGAAGUUGUCGUCUCUCCAGACGUCGACCACACAAUCCAAACAAGAAAUUAAUGCAUCUUGCUCCGCGUUCCUGUUUGUUUUGACCUGUGUAGCUAGAAGGAAUCCUGCAAGAGGGAUUAGCGGUCCGUCAAUGAGGAACUACCGGCUCAUCUUCUGCCACAACCUGAAGCAACCAUAGAUGGUUCAGUGGUUUACUGGCCAGGGGAGGAGAGGAUAGGACACACUUUCACUGCUACACGACGUGAGGUCUUGGCGGGGUUGUGGUGAGGAGGAGGAGGAGGAGGCCAUGAGGAAGAGCGUGUCUCCGUUGCCAGGCAACGAGGGCGGGAGCUCAGCCAGCACCACACGGGUUUUUGGCGUUCCUUUGGAGGAGGUGACACGCACACACACAAUCAGCGGCCAUGAGGUUCCUGCACUGGUGAAACACAUUGUCGACUACAUUGAGGAGCACGGUCAUCUGGACUUAGAGGGGCUCUUCCUGGUUAAUGGCAACGCAGAGCGAGUGGACUGGCUCCGUCAGCGCUAUGAUAGCGGUGAGGAGGUGGAGCUGGAGAAAGAAGCCGAUCUGGCGUCAGCGGUCAGUUUGCUCCGACUCUUUCUGCAGGAGCUUCCUGAGCCCGUUAUCCCAACGGCUAUACAAGGACACAUACUACAGCUUCACCAAGAUUACAGCAACGACGAAGAACUGUGUAGAAACUUGAAGUAUCUGCUACAGCAACUUCCCCAAUUGAACUAUGGUCUGCUGCGUUUCCUGUGCCGCUUCCUAUCCAGCGUGGCAUCACUUCAGCAGGAGAGCUGGAACAUUGGGACGCUGGCCGCCGUCUUCGGACCUGACAUCUUCCAUCUGUCAACAGAAGGAGAGGACCUUCGUGACCAGGAGUCUGUCAGCAGAGUCCUGGCAGAGCUGCUGGACAAUCAGGAGGGUCUGUUUGACUCGGAGGACGAUGACGUCUCCACGACCAACGAUUACAGCUCCAUCAAUGAACAGAUCACAGAGCUGUUGGAUGAUGAGAAGUGUGAGGCAGAAUGUGAAGAGCUACCACAGGACGGAGAGGAAGGCCCGGCCGCCUCCGACUCACCACAACACACACACACUGACGACAGCCCCUCAUCCAGCUCCCACCUCUCCACCAUAUCCAUCCUGCCCACUGACUCUGCUGAGAUAAUUCAGCGAACCAUCAGAGCUGCAGUGGAGCAGCACUUCUUUGAGCUGAAAACCUCCAUCGAUCAAGACCUCAGUAGCUACGACAGCCAGGGGGCAAGUCCCAGAGAGCCUGCAGAACGGGGUUGCCAUGGUGAUGAGGAACAACAAACUGACCCUGAGGACAGUCCCUGCGACACAGAAGGGGAAACCCCACUCAAUCAGACCGAGCAGCACAUACAACAAAGCCAGAAAGACACACAGAAUUCUCUGGACUCUGUCACCCCCCUGGAGGAGAGCUCAGGAAUGGAUCUGGAUGGAGAGGCCGUCAGUGAUGAUGAGAACAACUUUAACACUGCCAGGCAGGACAAUCAGCCCCUUGUCACCAUGGAUCAGACCGUCACCAUUACUUGUGAAUCGAGUUCAUGCUGUUGUGAUCAGAAUGCCAACACCAGUGAGAACAACAGGAGCCACCUGUCGCCAUGCCAACCAAACUCUGGCCACAACCCUCACCUCCAGCUUUUUCCUGACAACCAAUGGGAAGCGUCACCCCCCUCCCAUCUCCACCUCCCUCCCAUAGACUUCUCAUGUAUGCAUCUGCAAAAGGAAGGUCAAGACCCCGUCCCAGCUUACAAAUCCUGGCAGGACGACAACGACGGUGGAGAGGCGCAGCUCUCCCCACUGGCUGGUCGCAUGGUCCCUCUCCCCCCGCUACCCUUGGAGGAGGAUGGUGAGGAGGAAGAGGGGGAGGGAGUGCAGGACGACUCUCCCUCCUCUUCCCGCUCCCACCCUCACCUCCUGGCACGACGCUUUCUCGAUUUUGGAGCGCAUGGCGCCCAACGAUUCCUCCAGCAGGACCUGGACGCCACCUCACCCACCAAAGCACAGAGGCCAAGGCGAGCGUCAUUUGGCUCCAAAGAAGCAAUGAGAGGAGAUUCAGUGACCCACCAACUCACCAAGAAGCUUCAGCAUCUGAAAAAGAAAAUCAAACAGUUUGAAGAGCAGUUUGAGAAAGAGAGGAAUUAUAAGCCCUCGCAUGGAGACAAGGCAGCUAACCCCAAAGUCCUUAAAUGGAUGACUGACCUGACCAAGAUCCGCAGGCAGAUUAAAGGACGCCAGCACCACCUUUUACCCAGAAGCACGCUGAGGCACCAGGCUUUGCUCCAUUCACACAGACGCCACCAUGCUCCCUCCUCCCCUUCCUCCUACUCCUCCUCCUCCUCCUCUAUCUGCUCACCUCCCCAUCACACACUCACCCCCCCGCUCCACCCCUACUCAGGCCUGAGCUCUAGACCGUUUCACCUCAAUGCCAAACAUCGUGCCGAGAGUGAGCUCGGCCCUCAAACUCGUCCUCGGAGCAACACCUUGCCCAAAAGCUUCGGCUCCACACUGGAUCAGAGCACUUAUGAUGCAGCCGUGGAGGUCAAAGGUCCACGUCCCAGUAGGGAGGAAACACUGGAGCUGAUCCAGCGCAGGGUCAAAGGGAAGAGGCAGGAGGAUGGCUGGCCUGAUGACAUCAAGAAGAUGACCAAGGAGCAGUUGUCUUGUGAGAAAACAGUACUUCAAAAGAACCUCCUGCACUACGAAGGCCUCCACGGUCGACCAGUCACCAGAGAGGAGCGUCUGGUGGUGAAGCCUCUCUACGAUCGCUACAGACUGGUCAAACAAAUGCUCACCAGAGUCAGCAUCACACCCAUUACAGUAUCCCCCUCUAGUAAAAGGCGGAGCCAAACCCUACAGCCAAUCAUCGAGGGUGAAACCGCUCAUUUCUGGGAGGAGAUCAAAGAGGAGGAGGAGGAUGAGCGGAAAGGUGAAGGAGGAGAAGAAGAAGAGAGGGAGGAUGAGCAAAAUGAUGAUGAGGACGAAGAGGAGGAGGAGGAGGGAGAGAGCAGUGGCGGCGAGAUGCAGAGCCCUGAGGUCAUCAUGGCCGUCGACCCCAUGACCCUGACCGAUGGACCUGUGAGGAGCCAGAACCAACCUGACAGACAGAGCGACUGUCCAAUGAGAGAGAAGGUGGAGGAGGGUUCAGGAAGGCUGGCGCUGGACCUGCGGCUGUCCAGCUCUAACGCCUCGUCCAUGCCAGAGCUGCUGGAACAGCUGUGGAAGGCCAGAGCAGAGAAGAAGAAACUGAGGAAGACCAUCCGAGAGUUUGAGGAAGACUUCUACCAGCAUAAUGGAAGAAAUGUUCAGAAGGAGGACCGGGUUCCGAUGCUGGAGGAGUACCGAGAGUACAAGAGGAUCAAGGCCAAACUCCGUCUCCUGGAAGUCCUCAUCAGCAAACAGGAUUCCUCCAAAUCCAUCUAGACCCUCAUCAGAUACCUGCUAUCACCACACACAUCAUCAGCGCCCAUCACUGCAGCGAGGCCACGCCCAGGAUCAGCCAUCACAAACACUCCAGCCAACAACAACAUACAGAUUACAAGACUUCCCACCUUCAUGACCUCCUCAUGGUGUGCUGCAGUCAAGUAGUGGGGAAACAAAGUGUAGGCUUUGGAUGCAUUCACUAAAAUUGCCACGUAGAUACCACGAUGUAGCCUCUUUGUUCACACUGUAGUAUUGUAGUUGGAAAUCUUCACCAGUGAACAAGAGUCUCCAGUAACGUGUUUGGGGCGUCUAGACUUCACCUGCAAUUUCACUACAAGAACCAAUGUAAAGUUUUGACUCUUGGGUUGUAGUUUUCACACCGAUUCAGUCACGACUCCUCAAAAAGUGAUUUCUAGUGGAGUAAAAGCUAUUAAACUAUCAGUGGCUGGUCAAACAGUUGGAUUGACAAGGUUUGUAAACAACAUUCAGUUUGUAACCAAACACUCGUUGCUGCUGCUGUCUUUAUUAGGACUACAAAAAAGGGUGAGGAAUUAGUCAGCAUUAACUAAAACAGCAGCAACAUAAUGAAACGAGUGAAUUUUUAAGUCAAUCUAAUUUGCCAAAUGUCUGCAAGUCAAUGGGAACAAACAGGCUGUUCAGUACAAAGCAAACUACACAAAGUUGACAUUUUUAAGCAUUUUGGUCUCAAAAUUAUCUUAAUUUAAAUUAAUCUCAAUUAACUGUAUGUGACUACAGCUAAUCUUAGAAUGUCUACAGCUACUAAAUAAGGGUCCAUUGCCAAAUAUAGCAAUUCCCAAGUUUACUUUAAAUGUGAUGUUAUAAACGUGCAAUUUUACAGAUUUUUUUUCCCCAUUACAUGAAUGUAGCAGCACCACUGGUUAAACUUAGAAUGGCCCAUGGCCGACACUUGCUGCCUCAAUCUGACUACAUAUCAUCUAAAGCACGGCAGCAGUUUAAAAACUUGGCGGAAAAGGACUCAUCACUGUGUUUGUUGUCAUCAUCUUCGUCUCACCAACUUGACUUAAGACUUUGCACUCGUGUCUCAUGUGUAUUUCCUCGUUUUCCGAUGGGGAAACAAAAACAUGUUCUGACUUUUUAAUUUCAGGAACUGUUCUGUUGUCGAUCUUUGUUCUUCGUGUUGCUGAAUAAUCUUAUCGGACAGCUCAAGGACUGGCAUUUUAGACGCUCUUCACUUAGGACACUUCUUCAUUUGGGACGCCGCACACUGUGUCAGGGUUCCCACUUUUGUUACAACUUUUUCUCCCUUGUUGUUAUUUUAAUGAUAAUAACAGUAAUAAUAAUUUACCAUCCUCACAUCCUGGAUGCUUCACCUUCUGACUGAUUUUAAAAUGCAUUUACGAAGUUUAAAAACAAGUUUGUGAGUGUAUUUUUUAUUUUUUUUUUUUUUUACAACAAAGGUCUAUGCUUAUGUGUUUGUGUUUUCUUGAAUGAAAAAGUAGUAACUGUUGUAUUCCAAGAGAAAAAUGGGAGGAAAAAAAACAGUUGUAACUCUGAUUAAGACUGAUUACAAUUUUCUUUUUCAUUAACUUCUAUUCUUUAGGGUUUUCUUCUACUUUUUGUUUGCAUUUUGGAUUUUUUUUUUUUGUCCAGGAAGAUGUGCAUCAGUAGGCAUACAGUGGUGUUACCUGUUUUUAUCCCUAACAAAAUAAUUCCUAGUUUUGUCCCGUGAGCGCCUGCAAAUACAGUGCUGCUUUCAAGUCGUCGUUUGCUCAGAGAUGUGAGUUUUUAGGUCAUAUGGUUUUGAUUUUAACACCACUUGAAGGCAGCAUUAGACAAAACAAGCUCACAGAAAACGGCCCGACAGUUGUUGAUGUGGAUGGACAUGAUUAUUGCAGAAAUUAUGUGGAAAAUUCUGCACUUGCUGACUUUCCUCCUUGUUUUUCAGUCGUUUUCUGUUCGUUGUGCUACGUGAAGGCGUGGCAGGUUCUGAGGGACAAUGGGUGAUAAAUUCUGAAGAGACGAGCCAGUAUCUGGUCCACGUUGCUUCUUCAUGUCUGAGUCCAUAAAAGCAUGUUGGCUGGUAGUCGGUGGUCCUUCGUUAGGGUCUGAUGAUGUCUGUGAGGUGCCAACACUGCCAGCACUGACUAAAAAUGGAGUGAAGCAACUCCGUCAGUGUCGAAAGUCUCAUUCGUACGUUAGUAUGACGUCGAGAGGGACGUUGUUCUACAGUGAAGCAGAAGUCCUUGGUUGGUCAAAUCUGCAGUUCCAGUGAAGUUUGAUUUCCUGCUGGCAGGUCAAAUGAGGGCAGGAGGAGGAGAAUGCCAACGAGCUUGGCCUCUUUAUUAUUCUUCUUCUUUGAGGCCAUGUUGUCCUGCUUGUAUCAGACAGAAUUCGAGGUGUCACAGUGAGAUAAAGAAAUGUCCAACAGUCCCUGAAUUUUGGCUUUAGCUCUUUGUAAACCGGCUGUUUGUGAAGUGAUGUUUUAUCGAUUAAUCUUGGCUGGUAAAGAGGCUGGUUACUUGUGUAAUGUUUGUUUUAGGCAGAUAGACACAGGUGAUGUACAUUUCUCUGCCUGAAUCAAAGCUGACUGCAGUCUUUAGUCUGUAAGUGGACAGCAGAUGUCACAGUUUGAAACUGAACCUUUGAAUGAGUUUUUGAGAUUGAGUGUUUGUGGGGGGAUAUGAGGGGGGUGUGGUGUGCGUUUGUCAGUUAGAGGUUUGGUGUAAAAAAAAAAAAAAAAAAAUGUUAUUUGCACAGCAUUCACCGAAUGCAGCCCUUUUGAGUUUUUUCAUUUGUAUUUCUAGAAAUGAAGCACUACUUCUAUACAAAUAUAAAUAUAUACUGUACAUAAGAAACACCCGAAGGAAUGAAUGUCAGAAAUGUUUAAAUUAUUUCAAACAUUACGUUUGGCCCCCUUUGAUUCAUUACAUUUGUGAUGCCCUGAGAAUGUGUUUUUUUUAUUAUUAUAAAUAUUGCUAAUACUAUCAUAACCAUUAUUUUGUGUGAUAACAAUAAUAAUCCUUUUGUAUCUACUCACUAACUGUAAAACCAGCUGUAGACGUUAGUCUGGCACUGUGUGGAUAAAUCACACAUGAACCUGCUCUGUUUUAUGAAUUAUUUUAUCGCUCUGUGUAAUAUAAGCUAAUAUAGAAGCAGUACUGUAGUGCGCUUGCAUGGCAAAUGAGAACAUAAUAGUAUAAAAACAUGAUGUAUUGUUUCCAUUAUUUGUGCCAUGAAGAAGCAGCAAUAAUAAAAGUUUGCGUGGAGUUUUUCUAAAGUA